AUGACUCAAGGAAAGCAUGCCCUCAUCUUCGGUGCGUCCGGUAUCUCCGGCUGGUCGCUAAUGAAACAAUGCCUCCGUUACCCAACACCCACGACCUUCGCACGCGUCACCGGGCUCUGCAAUCGCCCGGUUGACAAGAAGAACUUAUUUCUUCCUGAUGACCCUCGCCUCAACAUCGUCUCCGGAAUCGACCUAACCGCCCCUGUCGCAACAGUCGUGUCGGAACUCCAGAAAAAGGUCCCCAACGUCGAAGAUGUGGAUGUUGUUUUUUUCUCUGCGUACAUUCAAACCAACGACCACGCCUCCCUCCUCCAAGUCAACACCGCACUCCUCAAAACCGCCGUGCAGGCCAUAACAAACGCCUCCAACAAGGUUUCUACCAUAGUCCUCCAAACAGGUGGAAAAGCCUACGGUGUCGAAUUCCCAGACAAAGUCGCCAUAAAACCACCCCUCCACGAAGACCUGCCGCGCAUUCCCGAGCCGUACCGGAGCAAGAUCUUCUACUACGCGCAGUACGAUCUCCUGAAAGAAAUGUCCCAGGAGCCCGGGUGUACUUGGACAUUCACGGAGAUCCGUCCUGAUGGUAUUGGGAUUGCGCUGUAUCUUUCUUUGUAUAGAGAGGUACUUGGGAAAGGUGCCAAGGUCCCAUUCCCCGGGGAGAAGCAUGGGUAUCAUGCAACCCAUAUGGAUACAUUCCAGGAUCUUUUGAGUCGGUUGGAGAUCUACGUUGCGGUCAAUCACGAGAAAUGUGGGAAUGGGAGUGUGUUCAAUGCUGCGGAUGGUGAGGUUGUCACCUGGGCGGGUGUUUGGCCACGCAUCUGCGAUUAUUUUGGCCUUGUUGGCGUUGAGCCCCAGGAAGAUAAGUUGGAGGACAAGGAGAGUAUGCAGCGCUUUGUGAAGGGGCAUAUGAAGGAGUGGCAGGGCCUGGUCGAUAAGCAUGGGUUGAAGAAGGGGACUGUGGAGACCCAGAAUUGGGCUCAUACGCGUUUCAUGCUGGUUGAUUUCGACUUUCAUCGAGAGUUCUCGAUGGAGAAGGCGAGGAAGGUUGGCUUUGAUGAGACGAUUGAUACGGUGGACGGGUAUAAGAUCGCUUUUGACCGGAUGGUUGAGGCCCGUGUGAUUCCCAGGGUUUAG